AAACUUUAGACAACAACAAGAGCGUUGCAGCUGCCUAAAUAUUAUUGUUAACUUAAUGCUGCGCCCCAGACAUAUACAAACACCAGCAUGGGCAUUCUAGAAAAGAUUGCAGAGAUCGAGCGCGAAAUCGCGCGCACCCAAAAGAACAAAGCAACCGAAUACCAUUUGGGCCUGCUCAAGGCUAAGUUAGCCAAGUAUCGCUCGCAGCUCCUAGAGCCGGCCAAAAAGGGCGAAAAGGGUGAAGGAUUUGACGUGCUGAAGAGCGGUGAUGCGCGUGUCGCGCUUAUUGGAUUCCCCAGUGUGGGCAAAUCCACCAUGUUGUCCACACUGACCAAAACCGAAUCGGAGGCGGCCAACUAUGAGUUCACCACGCUGACGUGCAUUCCCGGCGUAAUUGAGUACCAGGGUGCCAAUAUACAGUUGCUCGAUCUGCCGGGUAUCAUUGAAGGCGCUGCCCAGGGCAAAGGUCGUGGUCGUCAGGUGAUUGCCGUGGCACGCACAGCAGACUUGGUGCUCAUGAUGUUGGAUGCCACCAAGCCGAAUGUGCAUCGCGAACUGCUAGAGCGGGAGCUGGAGUCCGUGGGCAUACGCCUGAACAAGCGAAAACCUAACAUAUACUUCAAACAAAAAAAGGGCGGCGGUCUGAGUUUUAAUUCUACCUGCGCCCUGACGCGCUGCAGCGAAAAAAUGGUGCAAAUGAUUCUGCACUCGUUCAAGAUCUUUAAUGCAGAGGUUCUCUUCCGUGAGGAUUGCACAGAGGAUGAGUUCAUUGAUGUGGUCACGGCCAAUCGCGUAUAUCUGCCUUGCCUGUAUGUGUAUAAUAAGAUUGAUCAGAUCUCCAUAGAGGAGGUGGAUCGGCUGGCUCGACAGCCCAACUCCAUUGUGGUCAGCUGUAACAUGAAGCUCAAUCUGGACUACAUGCUGGAGGCGCUCUGGGAGGCACUGCAGCUGAUCCGGGUAUACACCAAAAAGCCCGGUGCCCCGCCAGACUUUGACGAUGGCUUGAUUCUGCGAAAGGGCGUCACUGUGGAGCACGUGUGCCAUGCCAUCCACCGGACGCUGGCCGCACAAUUCAAGUAUGCACUAGUCUGGGGCACUUCCACCAAAUACUCGCCACAGCGCGUGGGCAUAGCCCAUGUCAUGGCUGACGAAGAUGUCAUACAGGUGGUCAAGAAGUAAAUCGCAUUUGUUGAGCGCUUAGCCUUGGCAUUACAGGAGCUGAAAUAUAUAUUAUAUUCUACCUAAAACAACCCAA